AAUCUAAUAACGUCCGCUAGCUUCAAACCGUCAAGAGAACCAUAACUGUCACAAUAGGUGCAAAUUAGCUUCAGCUGUUGCGUUUAGCUCUGUGCAAGUAGAUUGGCAUCCUAAGCAAGACAAGGCAACCCUACCUGCUGGUCCCAGAUAGUUGGUGCACAGUUGAAAAUGCCAAGAACUCCCAAGACAGUCAGUUUCAGCCUACCUGGAACCUCCAGUUCUCGACCCAUUGCCCCAAGUCCUGUACACCCUCAACCACCCCUUACAACCACAACCACCACCAUUGUCGCAACUCAUCAGGAAGACGAUCGAAGGUCCCUAUCCCCCGCUCCUGACCUCGUAGCCGAUAUUAUCAAUAGACCAAAAACUGUAUACCCUGCUAAGAUUCAUGACCAACAGCAGCCUGAAUCUCCAAGCUCAAAUGAUGCCAGAAGCUCACCAAAUAACCAGAGACCAACGUCAAGACCCAGCUCAGAAUUGGGCCACAAAUCCAAGAAAUCACCUGUACCAUCGUAUGCUCGUAUCGCCCAUCGAAGUCCCUCCAGUGCCAGUAGUAUGAGAGGCAGGAGUCCAGUAUUACAAUAUCAUGAGAGGCUAGUUUCACCAGCAAGUGUUGCCAAAGAUGUUCGCGAGAAGACCAACAGAGGAGCACACCAACAUGUCAGAUCGAUGAAGCAAGAUGUGUCACAAUUGAGAGAACAUUUGCUCAAAGUUGAGGAAGAGAUCAAGAAUUUGAAUCGUGGACGGAGGACUCUAGAGAUGUCUGUGCUGGACCUAAGGAAAUCUCUGUCUGUCAAUCAGCAGUCUAUCAGUACGCAGCAGAAGAAAAGUAGUCGUGGAGAAGAAGAUGCCUCUAUCAAGUUGUUGCGAGAAGAGUCUCGAGUGUUGUCCAAGGGCAAACGGAGUAUAGAGCAGCACUUGCAAGUGGUGAAGGCACACCUGCUAGUACUGGACACCACACGUCGCAACAUCAAGACCACCGUUGCCUCUCUCUCAUCCUCACUAGAUCUGGAUGCUCAGAACUUUAAGGUGUACUAUGAUCAUAGUAGGAUAGUGCACUCAGAUCACACCUCACGACAAAAGCAGUAUCAGUCAAGAUCUCCUGGAGAUGAAGCAGGUAGACUAUGCUCCAUGGCUAUUGAGGUGGUGUGUGGGUCAAAAGCCAUUCGAGCUGAGGUCAAGAGCAGAGUGGUGUCAGUACAGGCCAGCAAAACAGAGACCCACAAGAAAACCUCUGAUGCGCUCUCCAGGAAUAUGCAGGAGGCCAAAUCUAAAAAGAGAGACAUGAUAUUGGAGAGAGGUCAAGUGCGUCUGGCCCAAAAUUCUACACUCCACCGACAACACGAAGAGGAGAUUGCCCUCGGCAUUGCACUGGGACCAGUCUCAGACAAGCACUGGUCAGUGUCUGAGAAGGUGGAGCGACCACUCUCCCAGAUGAGACCAGGCUCUGCCGCCGAGGAGAGAGAGAACUUCAGACAAACAAAACGAAAGCUCACAAGACAAUUGUCUGCGUCGAGUGAGCGAGCCUCUCUGGUGAGCUCCACUGACAAAAGACUGGCCAAUCAGCUGAGAGAGGGCUCACAGAGUGUUUUCCUUGACUCUCAGACCCUCAGAGUUAGGAGAAUGUCCCUCGAUAACAGGUUUGGUGCAGUGACCUCUUUGGCUUAACUGUGAACAUUCUUACAAACUCGUGUAUAAUUAUUUGCACAUCAACUGCUUAUACAUGUAGUUGCAUAUACUUUAUGUCAUUGUUGAUGUUAUUAUUAAAAAUUAUGUCAUUUCUA